UAAUACGAUUGUGUGAGUGCGACAGCGAUAGUGUACCAACAAAUUAUAUUUUACUUCAUAUUUCUAUCAGCUCGUCUGUGGAAGAUUUGUACAAAUCUCUAAAUUCGUGCGAAAUGUCGGGAUAUAUUGCCAGGAAGGGUCCCUUGGUCUUUUCAAAUUUGGGCAAAUGGGCCUAUAACUUGUCUGGUUUCAAUCAAUACGGUCUGCACCGUGACGAUUGCCUGUAUGAGAACGAAGACGUGAAAGAAGCAGUACGUCGCCUACCCCGUAAAGUGUACGACGAACGUAACUACCGUAUUAUGCGUGCGCUGCAUUUGUCCAUGACCAAAACAGUUUUACCCAAGGAACAAUGGACUAAAUACGAAGAUGAUGUCAAAUACUUGGAACCUUAUUUGAAGGAAGUUGUUAAGGAGCGCGAAGAACGCGAAGAGUGGAAUAAGGACCACUAAGUGCGUGAAUUAAUCUUAAUAUACAAAAAUGCGAUUUAUUUAGAGAAGUGUAAAUUAAAGAAAAUAAAUGAAUUGAAAAUUUGA